GUCCCACUAUUUCGAUGAUUGUUCUCUCAACCGAGCCAUUUACUCUCGACUGACAGCUAUUCCUCUACUAUUCGGCUGUGUAGCCCUUGUCUCUCCUGUUGAAGACUUCUCCGCUGGUUGACGAACUCGCCCUGUACGAUGUUGUUAACACUCCGGGUGUCGCUGCCGAUCUGUCCCACAUCUCUUCUGUUGCUAAAAUCACUGGCUAUUUGCCGAAGGAUGAUGGCCUGAAGCAUGCCCUGACUGGAGCUGAUAUCGUUGUCAUCCCUGCUGGAAUUCCACGCAAGCCUGGAAUGACCCGCGAUGAUCUUUUCAAGAUCAACGCUGGUAUUGUGCGCGACCUUGUCAAGGGCAUUGCCGAGUUUUCCCCCCAGGCGUUCAUUCUGAUCAUCUCUAAUCCCGUCAACUCAACGGUUCCCAUUGCCGCAGAGGUACUCAAGGCCGCUGGCGUCUUUGACCCCAAGCGCCUCUUCGGUGUGACUACCCUGGAUGUUGUACGCGCGGAGACUUUUACCCAAGAAUUCACGCGCCAGAAGAACCCAUCUGCUACCAAGAUCCCAGUUGUGGGUGGCCACUCUGGUGAAACCAUUGUCCCUCUGUUCAGCAAGGCUACGCCCGCCUUCCAGAUCCCAUCAGACAAGUAUGAUGCCUUGGUCAAUCGUGUUCAAUUUGGUGGAGAUGAGGUUGUCAAGGCUAAGGAUGGCGCUGGAUCUGCGACUCUCUCUAUGGCUUUUGCUGGUUUCAGAUUUGCCGAGAGUGUGAUAAAGGCUUCCCAGGGCCAGACAGGCAUCGUCGAGCCCACAUUUGUGUAUUUGCCUGGAGUUGCCGGUGGUGACGAGCUUGUCAAGGCUACAGGCGUCGAGUUUUUCUCUACUCUUGUGGCUCUUGGGGCGAAUGGAGCAGAGGAGGCUUUUAAUGUCUUGGAUGGAAUCACCGACCAGGAGAAGAAGCUUCUUGAGGCUUGCAACAAGGGCCUGAAAGGCAACAUCGAAAAAGGCAUCGACUUCAUCAAGAAUCCUCCACCAAAGUAAAUUCGUCCAUCCCCGCGCAUCAUUUACAAGUUUUCCAUCCGCUAGUCGAUGUUUUGUUGAUACCGUACACUUGUCUCCUCCCUGAGAGGCACCUUUCGGUUGAUUCGCUCGUCGUUCACGGACACGGUAAUGGAUAGAGUAUCGCUGAUCGUUGUCAUUCCUUGAAGAUAGGCUCUGAAGGAAGAAGUAGAGGACAAAUUCUCACAGCAGUCGUGGAAGCUGUUCAAACUAGUACUAUGACUUUGGGGUAUGAGAAAUGUGCACCAUACAAUUAAGCAUCAUGUAUAUCUGUGCGUCGAUUUUCACUUUGGUAGCAUGCGGUAGUCGGUUGAUCUGUAGGUUAAUGG